CUUCCUGUUGUCAUUGUAUUACGUUUGGGAAUCUGACCUGGGGAGGGUGAACUAUCAACGUUGGACAGAGAACCCCCAUAUAACAAGAGGCUUGGGUCUGCCUCGCGUCGCCGCGCGCUUCAACAUUUCACCAAACAUCCAGCGCUGAAAAUGAUACAAUGAUUCCUGUAUUGACUUCAAAAAAAGCUUCAACAUUUCAACAAACACCCAGCACGGAAAAUGAUACAAUGAUUCCUGUACUGACUUCAAAAAAAGCAAGUGAAUUACCAGUUAGCGAAGUUGCUUGGAUACUUAAGGCUGAUCUUCAGAGUGGGUUAAACAAUGCUGAGGUUUGUCACAGACGCGCUUCUCAUGGUUGGAAUGAAUUUGAUAUCGGUGAAGAUGAGCCUUUGUGGAAAAAAUAUAUUGCACAGUUCAAAAACCCCCUGCUUAUGCUCCUGCUGGCUUCUGCUGUCAUCAGCAUUUUAAUGCAUCAGUUUGAUGAUGCCGUCAGUAUCACUGUGGCUAUACUUAUCGUGGUCACUGUUGCCUUUGUUCAGGAGUAUCGCUCUGAGAAGUCAUUAGAGGAACUGAGCAAGUUGAUGCCACCAGAAUGCCACUGCAUACGAGCGGGAAGACUGGAGCACACUCUUGCCAGAGACUUAGUCCCGGGCGACACCGUCUGUCUGUCUGUGGGUGACAGAGUGCCAGCUGACCUACGUCUGUUUGAGGCAAUGGAUCUCUCUGUUGAUGAGUCCAGUUUAACAGGGGAAACUGCUCCUUGCUCCAAGUCAACAGCUCCCCAGCCAUCUGCCACUAAUGGAGACCUAACAUCAAGAAGUAACAUAGCCUUCAUGGGAACACUAGUCCGAUGUGGUAAAGCAAAGGGAAUAGUCACUGGAACAGGAGAAAACUCAGAAUUCGGUGAAGUCUUUAAAAUGAUGCAAGCCGAAGAAGCACCAAAGACCCCGCUGCAGAAGAGUAUGGACAUUUUAGGAAAGCAGCUCUCCUUGUAUUCAUUUGGUAUUAUAGGUAUAAUCAUGCUUGUGGGCUGGCUGCAGGGAAAACAUAUACUGGAUAUGUUCACCAUAGGCGUAAGUUUGGCGGUGGCAGCUAUACCUGAAGGUCUUCCGAUUGUAGUAACGGUAACAUUGGCCCUUGGUGUGAUGAGAAUGGUGAAGAAAAGAGCCAUUGUAAAGAAACUUCCAAUUGUAGAAACUCUUGGCUGCUGUAAUGUUAUCUGCUCUGAUAAAACUGGAACCCUAACAAAAAAUGAAAUGACAGUAACACACAUUUUUACUGCUGAUGGAGCUCAUGCAGAGGUGACUGGUGUUGGCUACAAUCGCCAUGGCGAAGUCAUUCAAGAUGGUGAUAUUCUUCAUGGAUUUUGCAAUACAUCAUUAAGUAAGAUUGUUGAAGCAGGAUGCGUUUGUAAUGACGCUGAAAUAAGAAACAACACUUUGAUGGGAAAACCAACUGAGGGGGCCUUGAUAGCUCUUUCCAUGAAGAUGGGACUUGAGGGACUUCGUCAUGAUUACAUUCGGAAGGCAGAGUACCCGUUCAGCUCAGAACAGAAGUGGAUGGCAGUGAAAUGUGUUCACAGAACCCAGCAGGAUAAACCUGAGAUAUGCUUUAUGAAAGGAGCCUACGAACAAGUUAUUCGGUAUUGCACCACAUACAUCAGCAAGGGACAGACAUUGCCUCUUACACAACAGCAAAGAGAAUUGUAUCUUCAAGAAACCGCAUAUAUGGGCACAGCUGGACUCCGAGUUAUAGCUUUGGCUUCUGGUCCUGAAUUGGGGCAGAUGACUUUCCUGGGUCUAGUGGGCAUCAUUGAUCCUCCACGCACAGGUGUAAAAGAAGCAGUCACAGCACUCAUUCGCUCUGGAGUAGCUAUUAAAAUGAUUACUGGAGACUCGCAGGAGACAGCUGUAGCAAUUGCUAGUCGUCUAGGACUAUAUUCCAAAGGUUCACAAUCUCUCUCUGGGGAAGAAAUAGAUACACUCGACAUUCAGCAACUUUCCCAAAUUGUAUCAAAGGUAUCUGUAUUCUACAGAGCAAGUCCAAGGCACAAGUUAAAAAUUGUGAAGUCUCUGCAGAACCUGGGUGCUGUUGUUGCCAUGACAGGUGAUGGCGUCAACGAUGCUGUGGCCUUGAAGGCAGCAGAUAUAGGAAUUGCCAUGGGCAGAACGGGAACUGAUGUGUGUAAAGAAGCAGCUGAUAUGAUCCUAGUAGAGGACGAUUUCCAUACAAUAAUGUCUGCAAUUGAAGAGGGAAAAGGAAUCUAUAAUAACAUUAAAAAUUUGUUCGCUUUCAGCUUAGCACGUAACAUAGCUGCUUUGUCACUGAUAUCACUUGCAACUUUAAUGAACUUUCCAAAUCCUCUCAAUGCCAUGCAGAUAUUGUGGAUUAAUAUCAUCCAUGGAUGGCCCCCCCUGCGCAGUCUGGGAGUGGAACCAGUUGAUAAAGAUGUUAUUAGGAAGCCUCCAAGAAAUCUGAAAGACAGCAUUUUGACCAAGAACUUAAUUAUCAAAAUCCUCAUCUCUUCAAUCAUUAUAGUAUGCGGAACCUUAUUUGUAUUCUGGCGAGAGCUACGCGAUAAUGUGAUUACUCCCAGGGACACCACAAUGACAUUUACCUGCUUUGUGUUUUUUGACAUGUUCAAUGCUUUAAGUUCGAGAUCACAGACUAAGUCGGUCUUUGAGAUCGGCCUUUGCAGCAACAAAAUGUUCUGUUAUGCUGUGCUUGGUUCCAUCAUGGGCCAGUUGCUGGUUAUUUACUUCCCACCUCUGCAGAAAGUAUUUCAGACUGAAAGUCUAAGCAUUCAAGAUUUGCUGUUCUUAGUAGGACUCACAUCUUCUGUUUGCGUUGUGUCAGAAAUAAUUAAAAAGCUGGAAAGAAGAAAUGAAGGAUUUUCAAAACGCAACGGUUCUUCGUCCUCUCUCUUUCUGGAUGUAUGAUGCAUAUUGCAUUAUUAUUAUUAUUUAAAAAUUUGGGGAGUAGCUGUAAAAUGAAAUGAUGGAACACAGAGAAUGGACAAGGUGCUGACUUCUUCAAAAAAGACAAGAUGCUAACAUAUUGCUGCAUUAAGAAGUAUCCAAGGGGUCAUCUUCUGUACAGACAGCAAUGAAACUUUCAACCGGCAAAUUAAUGGAUUCCCUGGAGAGGGAGACUUGAAUUUCUUAAUUAUGUGCUGGAAUCAGUGAAGAAUUUAAAUGUGAUUGAUAGAACAACAAAACUGGCUGCAUUUGUUUUAUGCCUUUUCAGAAAUAUGGAUCUGAGUCUUUUGUACAGUCCAACCCUAUACUUAACGGUCUAGUUUAUUUUUUAUAUAUAUAUGAAAUUCUUUUCUGCUUGAUGGUGGGGUUUUCUUACUAAUAUAAAAUGUUUUUCAACAUUUGAAAAGCAUGGUUGAAAGGACGUUCACUGCACAUGCCAUGUUUGUUACUAUAUUUAUUUUCUCUUAUCAUGAAUUGUGCAACCUGUUACAAAUAUAAUAUGAAUUAUAUACUGUAUGUCUUUAUAUUUGCACAGGAUGUGACCACUGUCAUAUCAUUUAUAGCUUUUUUUCCAUUGCAAUGAAUCAUGUGUCAAAUUUCCUUUAAUUAGGUGGGGGUUUUGUUGCACCUGUUGUGGUGCUUUAUGAAAUUAUAACAAAAUGAAUCAUAGGCUUUAAGUGUUCAUUUUAAUUAUUGUUCAAACAUUUUAAGUUGGGGUGGCACUAAUGUUUUAAAACCAAAAAAAGCCUAUAGGAUGUUUGUUUCUUCUAUAGCAAUACAUAGAGACAUGAAAGUCAGAAUUAGAAUUUCAGGAUUUAUAUAGAGCGUUUAAUUUAAAAAAGAAAAAAGCUUUCUAAUUUACUUCUAAUAUCAAAUGUACUUUGUUCGCUAGUGUUUAAUGUUGUCACAAACAUUGUUUCAAACACUGCUGCCAUUUUGUGCUCAAGACACGUGCAAACUUACAAGCAUACCUAGGUAUGCUCUCAUGUAAAGUAUUCCAAUAGAGCAAAGGAAAUUGUAUAAUAGAAGUAAAUAGGAACUCUCUAUAACAUGACACUCUAUCUUGUUUAAAGGGACAUUAAAUCUAAAACAUUUUCUUUAGUGAUUCGGAUAAGAGCAUGCAAUUUUAAACUUUCCAAUUUACUUUGAAUAUCAAAUUUGAGUAAUUCUCUUGGUUUCCUUUGUUAAAGUACUUGGAGCUAGCUGAAGACAUGUGAGCCAAUGAGAGUAAGCAUAUAUGUGCAGCCACCAAUCAGGGUAGCUCCCAGUAGUGCUUUACUGCUCCUGAACCUAUUAUUCUUUUCAACAAAGGAUAUCAAGAGAACAAAGGAAAUUAGUAAUUCAAAGUAAAUUGGAAACGUGUUUCAAAUUAUAUGCUCUAUGUAUUCUAGGUCAUGAAAGAAAAUUUCAUCUCCCUAAUGGGCUGUCUGUAACAAAAUGUAACUUCCUUUUUUUUUAGCGCUAUAUUGUUCAGCCAUCCCUCAAGUGACCAGUAUGUUUAACCUUUAAUAUUUGUAAACCUUCCUAUGUUAAUGUUUAAGUGUGAAACCUUUUCCAGCUGUUUUUACUUUGUGAGUUUUAAUUUACAUCUGAAUAUAUCUGUCUGACCUUUGACACUGUGUAGAUGCCCAGGAAAUCCUCCUUGAACAUAGUGAAUUGUGGGUAUUGGAACAAUUUGAAACAGUAUUGCUAGUUGUAUAUGAUUUUUAUUUGUGAUUUAUUUUUAAAAUAUUAGCUAUUCUGGUUCACUUUUAAAAAUGAAAAUGUUCUGGGAUAACACGAUCCGUGUUUGUUUCUAAUGAAACUUCAGCUCCUUGUGCAAUAAAUUUUGAUUAGCAAAAUAGUACUUCAAACUGAGAACAUAAAAUAACAUCAUAUAGAGUUAAUGUCAAAGUUUUUCCCACUUUUACAUCUGCAUAACUUCAGGAAUUUUUAAUACAUUCCUAAAACUUUUUCUUUUAGUAUAACUUUUGUCUUUUUCCACUUAAAUGAUGUACUCUAAUUUUAUGAAGAAUCGUGAGUUUUCACAUAUUUGUCUUCUUCAAUAAUAUAGGCUUGGACAAAUAUUUCCAUGUCUUUUGAAUUAUAUAAUUUAUUACUAUUAUAAUUUUUAACUUGCUUUAUUUUUAUCUUAAGUAUUAGUUUGAGCAGUUUGUCUUGCACACUGGAUAUUUUGGAAAGGGCAAAUGUUGUGUUUUAUAUUGCAUUUGUAAAAGAAGGGGACUGAAUGUGAGUUAAAAAAUAAAAAAAAAAUAUGAAUUA